AAAUGACCAUAUCUGUCAGAUAUUUGAUAAAUAGCGCCCUUUGAUGCGUGUGCCUUGGACAGGCUGAAGUGCAUUCUUCAAUGCUUUGCUUUUUGGGAAGAAAUAUACCAAGAGAAACAGGUCAAUAUUAUAAAGUGGCGAUGUUUGACAACUAGCAUCCUUGUUAUGUUUCAUAGCAGGUAGAAACAACAUUUUAAAUAUUUUCAGUCACCUUCUGUGUGAAGUGGUUGUAUUCAUGAAUGUAAGCAGCACUGUUGGGAUGUUCUAUUUCGUUCUUAAGGGCUGUAUGUUAGGGCCUCUGUGAUUUCUAAUAUUCCUAAAGAGAGCAAUUGAGUCAUUGAUUUACACAAAAUUGCCUGUUACAAAAUGUAAACAGAGUGCUAAGUUGAAAAACAUUUCAAAGUGGUACACGUGCAAUAUGUUAAUACAACAUAACACUCCAGCUACGUGCGUUAUGGCAAUAACACAAAUCGGAAACGUUGUUGUAAGAACAUCUCUCUUUAGAUUCAACUGAGAUGACGCCACACUGCUAACAUGUUUUAUUGUUGAUGAGGGGGAUAAUUAGAAAUGUAUCUCUGAGAGUAGUAGAAGUUGUGUUUGAGCAGGUGGACAGUUAUCUGCCUCGUUGUAAAUCAUUCUCGGUAAUUCCUGAAAUGGUGCGAGGCUGUUGGAGGCCCGGGCCACACUGUAAAUCUUUCCAUUUUACUACCCAUGAACAUAUGCUGCGACGGUAGUAGUCCUCCAUCCUUUCCUCAGUACAAGUUACCUCUCGGCCAGCUUCCCUCCCCGCUGUCUUUUAUGGCUUUUAAAUCUCCGUCUUCCAAUAGAUUUUUGAGCUUACAAAUUGUUAUUUAAAGGUGUUUUUUCUAUUUACAUCGAAAACAGUGUCUGAAAAGGAAAAUACUAUUGAACAUCAUGAUAGCGCAGCGGAAAGACAGCAGACAAAAGGGUUUCCAAAUUGGUUUAUUUCAAUACAAUUCCAAACGCCUUUUCUCAUACAACAAUAUUGGUCAUGGAUUUCAUAACAUUAUAAAAAUGCUUUGUAGAUAUACAAUUAACGUUUUUUUAUUUAUUUUUUUAUUGUGAAAACAAUAUGGUUAUAUUUUCAAGUAUACCAAUAAUGAAUCUAUGGACAAAUCCAAAUGUGCAAUGUCUAUACGAAAUUCUGUUCACAACUACAUUUGAAUAGGAUUCUCAAAACGACAUGUAUUAGUAUUAGAGGCUUUGUAAAUUAGGUAAACAAAUACAUAUAAUCAAAAUGUAUAGCUUAAUAUUAUAUCUGAAAGAUGACUAAAUAAUCACAAUAAUAUUUCCUGCAAAGGAAAGAAGAAGAAAAGAAAUGAUCAAGAAAAUGAAAUCGCAAGUGUAGUAUUUUCAUCGUGGACACAGGUCAGAUAAGGAAAUGUAAACGCGUCCCCAUUUCAAAACGCGUUUGGGAGCAAAGGCUUGGUUGAAGAAGCGACCUCAGUCAGAACAAUCUGGUAGCUCGAUCACGUGAACAAAUAUGCUCGUAUUUUAAGACAGUGCCUUUAUUUGUCAUCAUAAACGUUUCAGAAACAUACAACAACAACAAAAAAUCCCAAUGUUAGCUUCAAAUCUGUGACGGUGUCUGAAAAACUGUAUUUUUCAAUAAGAGAUUGAUUGGCCGACAUUUUUUUUUUUGGGGUGGAAUAAGGAUACCUUCUUCGUUUUUUUUUAUUGGUAGUUGAAUGUGAGUCUUCCAUUCUUUCGGGAAUACUGUCUGCAUUGGUAUAUGGAAAUGUCUGAAAAACCGCGCAAGAUCAGGUUUAGGACAGUAUUAUCUACAGACAAAGAGUGAAGGAUAAAUUCUAGAGACUGCAGGGAAAGGAAGAAGCACGAGCAUACGAUACACUGAUUCACAGGUCAUGGUGGAUGGAAUGAUAAGCACGUGAAGAAAAACACAACACUGAUCUGCAUAAAAUACGGUCAAAGAAUACUGAAGCGGUGGGAAACUCAAAUCACGUGAUAGAAGAACGCCCAUACCAUUGGAUAGGGCUGCAUUGGCCUUCUUGUUUUGAAUCCUCACAAUGCAGAAAGCUACUUUCUACGAUCAUUCUGGAGUCUUUGGAAGCUACUCUUACCCCAAAUCCGAGUCAUAUAGUUAUGGCCCCAGUCACCAGCCCUACUCCACUUCUAACCUUGAGAGUGAUUAUCAGGGUCCAGUUUGUCCAAUACAAACCCCAACUGUACGGCCACCAACUCAUAAAGACAAUACCAUGAAUGGCAACUGCACGAGAUCCAGUAGCAGCCAAGGAAACAGCCAACCGCCGAGUAUUGGUGAACAGCCGCAAGCACCUCCAUCGUCGGCCUCAUCGCCUAACUCCAGCAACACUUCAUCUCAGAAGAAGAAAUCUCCCUCAAACAAUGAUUCUAAUACUGCCAACCCAGUCACUAACAAACAAAUAUUCCCAUGGAUGAAGGAGACGAGAUCGAACGCCAAACACAAAAGCAACAGCAGCAACAACAACAAUUGCUCAACCGCAGAAGGUGAGUCCUGCGAUGAAAAAAGCCCACCUGGUCCAGCCUCCAAACGGGUCCGAACUGCCUACACCAGUGCACAACUUGUAGAACUUGAGAAGGAGUUCCAUUUCAACCGGUACCUGUGUCGUCCCCGAAGAGUGGAGAUGGCUAAUUUAUUGAACCUCACUGAGCGCCAAAUAAAGAUCUGGUUUCAAAACAGAAGGAUGAAAUACAAAAAGGAUCAGAAGGCCAAGGGGAUAAUGCACUCUCCCAUCGGACACUCCCCAGACAGAAGCCCACCAUUAAGUGGCCCAAAUCACAUCGGAUAUUCUGUCAAUGUAAACUGUCUCAGCUAUGACGCGCCGUCGCCCCCUUCAUUCGCCAAACCCCAGCAAAACAUGUACGGCUUGGCAGCUUACACGGCACCAUUAGGUGGCUGUAUACCGCAACAGAAAAGGUAUCCGGUCUCCGAAUACGAGCACCACAGCAUGCAAGGCAAUGGUGGCUUUGCCAACGCUAAUUUGCAAGGUAGUCCGGUGUACGUUGGGGGAAAUUUCGUUGAUUCCAUGCCAGCCUCGGGUCCCAUGUUCAACCUCGGCCAUCUCCCCCAUCCCUCAUCCGCCAGCGUGGACUACAGCUGUGCCGCUCAGAUUCCAGGCAACCACCACCAUGGACCCUGUGACCCCCAUCCCACAUAUACAGACCUCACCUCUCACCAUGCGUCUCAGGGAAGGAUUCAGGAAGCGCCUAAAUUAACGCAUUUGUAAAAUGUGAGGAUUCUGUCUGUGUGCCCAAAUUCUGUUAGGCUCUUUUAUUAUCUCAGUAGUCUAAAGUCAUUUAUAUGAUUACACUAAAAGUGAGCCAUGUAUUACCGAGUGUUAUUAUUGAUAUUACUAUUAAUGCUAUUGUGUAAUAAUUACUUUCUAAGAAUAGCUCUGGUCCAUUUUUCUUGACUGUUGAGGAUGCGCAGGAGAGACCGUUUGUCUGUUGUUCGUUUUCUGAAGUGCAAUGCGCAGUAUGGGGACUGAAAACGUCAUUAACACUACUUGAAGGUAAGUUCUGUAGAUCUGACAGUAGUCACCCAUCUUUAUAGGGAUGGAUUUUAUAAAAAAUAAACUCGAAGGUGUCUGUUUGCUAUAUUUGAAGCGUCUUAUUUAUUUUUCCAAGAUUGUAUUGCAUUUAUCUUUAUCUCCUUUUCUGUAUGUAUUAUUUAAGGCUUUUGUAUCACACAGUAUUUAUAAUUUACAUGUAUGACUAUUUAUAUGGACAUCUAGAAUUUAUGCAACAUCGUUGGACAGACUUUGACAUCAUGGCCCUUCAAUAGGUACUACGGGUUUUUGGUGAAUGCUUGUUUUAAAAUAUGGUUUCAGUGGCUGGUGGUCUUAGGUUGUUGUCGAAGGAACUCCUACGUGUAAAUCUGGGAAUAUUGGGGAAUUUUUCACGUGUCUCUAUGAAAAACAAAGUUAGGCUACAUGUAGCCUAUCGAAAUACAGAAUAUUACAGAAAUGAAUCACACCAGUAUGUCAUUUGUUGUCAUCGCCAAUUUUCAUAUCACGUCAUUGUCAUUUCAUCAGUUGGACUGUCCAUGCAUACAUUUAUGAAACGCUAAUGAUAUGAAAAUGUUAUAUUUUAAUGUGUUUAACAUUUUGUAAAUAAAGUGCUUAAAUUUA